AUGAUCCUCUCUCCGAGCAGCCGCGCACCAAGUCCCUCAGGAUUCUAUGGUCGUGUAGGCUCUGAUGGCUUGCCUUACGUUCAAACAAGCCCCAGUGUCGACUUUCAGAUCGAGCGCAGUUACAGGUCACCCUAUCGCCCACACAGCGUUCUGCCUCAUCUGAACCACCCAGCCUACGACGAGGAACUCGUAUAUCGAGAUCACAUAUCGCGCCUUCUUGCCGCCAAAACCCGCGUAUUCUCAAUCUCUGGCAGAAUACCUUUGGAUCCCUCACAGCUGGUUCUAUUUUUCCGGACAAAGAGCGGAAUAACUCAUUCCCUGGAUUUCCCCAUCGAUGUCGAUUAUAACACGCCUCCAGCCCUCGAUGUCCUCAUCGCCGCCUGCCGACCUCAUCAAACAUCAGAUUUGGACUCGUACGCAGAGCACGAAUCGCUCUUCUACCCUCCCAAUCUCCCUCUCACCACCUCUCUCGAGAUCGCGAACCAUCCCAUCUUAGCAGCCGUCCGCACCACCCUCUUCCCAUCCCUCCCCGAGGGCCACUACCUCACCACCCUCCGGGACCGUCUUGAAGUCAUCGUCUCCGGCGGUCACAUGGGGCCCCAAUCUCGCUCGCUCCGCAACGACAGCAGGGUAGCAACCAUCACCGUCACCCUCCCCGUGCGCUUCCGAGGUGGCGCACUCGUCGUCCGGUCCGAAAGCACCAAUGUGGAGGAACGCUUCACCGGCAAAGGUGGUAAGAAUGGGGAUAUCGAGUGGACGGCGUUCCUUGCGGAUUGCGAUUAUGAGGUCGAGACGGUCGAGAAGGGGUGUAGAGUGUCGAUCCUGUAUGGUGUGUAUCUGAAGACUUUCGGGACGGGGGUUGGAGUGGCUGCGGAGCCCCUGGUUAACCCGAGCGAUGGGUUCUUUGACUUGCUCGCACCAGUAUUGAAUAUGUCCAGAGGAAGGAAGAUUGCGUUCUCCCUUUCUCAUGACUACGGGGUAUGUCCUGCAGACGUCCUAGCAGAAUCUUUGGUACCCCUCCUGAAAGGCGGUGAUUCAGUCUUGUACAACGCUCUCAGGCUGUAUAAGCUUACUCCCGAACUACAUUGGACUGCUGGAGGAUACAUAUGGCCAAUCGAUCACGUCGUCGAAUCGCUCAGUGAAGACAUCUCUAGCCCAGUUCUGGAUGGCAUUUCGCGGAGAGGUACCCCCGCUCUGCGCGGUGCUUUCAGUACAUAUGGGGACCCGGAGCUUCAUGAAGAGGUGGGCAACUUGCGACAGCGGAUAGCGAGUAGUGGUGCUAUCCCUCUAUUGGAAGCAGAGAUCACUAUCUUGACAGAUGGGAACGUACAUGCGGUUGGCAAGGAGCGUGUGCCAUUUGUGUCGAAUGGUCAGCUGGAUAAGCUGGUGGUCAAUGCCUUGAUAGUAGUUUAUGUUCCUUAGACGUUGGUUCCUUUUGCUUACGAGUUCUUCAUGGUGUACGAUUGUCGUUAAUUGAUUGCUAUGCUGAUCCGAGCUGGGGUCGGUUUUUGAACAGUGUUUGUCUCUGGCUCCGCAGUAUUCCUUAGUGUGCUGGUAGCGACGGAGCGCGCUCAUCUGAUUUACUGUGCAUUUUAUGAAUAGAAUGUGGGUAGGGCACGGCUGGUCGCUUCAGUAGCUCCACAGAAAGGCAUGUAGACGUAAGAGAAAAAUAGAAAGCAAUUGCGUAGGGAAACUAUGGUAUAUAUAUUAUACAUCUGAAGACGCAACCUCUUUGUGUUCCGUGGUCUCUUUCUCGUCGUGAGUAACCUCCCUCGCCUUCAUCUUCCGUUUC